AUGAAAGAAACACAGAUCAGAAAGUACGUCGAACACUGCAAUAACAGUCUCCAAGAAAUUGUGGAUCUUCAGUCGGCACAAGCUAUCAAAGAAUUUCAAACUAAAACCGAGGAAAACUUCCAACGUCUUGACGAUGCCAAAAGUCGAUUCAAGACAGACACUCAGUCAAUUGAGGAGUUCAAGGCUUUGAAAUCCGAAUUCUCGACUAAAAUUGACGAUUUGGAAAAAUCUAUAGACUACUAUGAGAAACUAGCGGACGAGAUACAGGAAUUUUUGGUCGAAUGUGAGGUAAAAGAAAAACUUGCGAUGAAAAGACUAUCACAAAGCACAAAAAGGUGA